AACAUAACAGAAGUAACCCGCGUCUCUAGCGCCCCCAGGCCGUUAGAAAUGGAGGUAAUGCUGCAAACUCCAAAGAGGCUCUCUGUUAAUGCGAAGAAAAAGAAAACUCUCCCUCUUGGCCAGCUGCAGGAGGAAACACGCAGGUCCACUAAAGUCCCUCAUCAUCUUCUGGAAACUAGGAGUUUUGCCAAGGUUAAGAGCAAUAAUGUUGUUGAGGCUGAACCAUCAGAGCUGCAUUUUAGUGGGUUCGAGGUGGGAAAGGAUUACAAAAAAGUUGUGAGACUGAUUAAUAUUUCUUCUGAGGUGAUCCACAUCCACAUACUUCCUACCCAAACUAAGUACUUUGAAACUGAAUAUACGCAAAAGAGUCGGCUAGUUCCAGGACUUGCUCACACUGUGACUGUGCACUUCAGUCCAGAUGAGUGGCGUUACUUUUUUGACAGCAUCAGGAUCCAUUGCAAGGGGGAAGAGACCUUGCAGGUUCCUAUUCAUGCUUAUCCAGUUAUUGAUGAUCUUAAUAUUCCACCUUACAUAAACCUGUUUCCUGUGCCACUGGGAAAAAGGUCCACAUGUGUGAUUCCUCUGAGUUGCAGUUGUCCCGUAGACUUUGAGUUCCAGGUGUACUGCUUGAAGUCUCAUGAAGCAUUUACUAUAAGUCCUUUGUCAGGAAUCAUCCCAGCAAAAGGGAAGACAGAUUUAUCAGUAACAUUCACACCACAGCAGUAUGGAACAGCUGAAAUCACUCUACAGCUGGUCAUCUCUCAGUUCAACUCAAAACCCUUCAUCUGCACAUUAACAGCAUCAUGCUCUCCUAAUCUGAUUAUAAACCAACAGAGAGAAAAAGAAAAGAAUGCUGAAACUGUUAAAAACAUACAGACAGAAGGGGUUGUGUAUCUUGUUGAUCCUAAGCAAAAAGUUAAAGUGACACCACCAAGGAUGGAGAAGCACACUAAGAAGAUAAAAUCAGACCCAUAUACACAGAGUUCUGAUGUGGAUAUUUUCAGCCAUUCUAGACUUGCUAAAAUGUUGAUUCAACACCAGGACAAAAUGAGCUACAAGGAUCUCAGACAGGCCAUGUCCCAUACCAAGACUGCGCACCUGACAAGAGAGAUGAAAGAGGCUGCAUUUGAAAAUCAAAUUCAAGGAAAUGUUCAAAAAGACAGAGCUAAUCAUCUUCAAUGGCAGGUGCAGUUAGGUGAUGAUUUUUUCUCAGCAGAACAGAAAAUAAAGAUUCUGAAGAAACAGGAAGUUGCAGCUUCUGAGUACAUGAUGAAAAAAGACAUUGGUGGCAGAGAGAUAAAUAUUGCCCAGACUACAAAACUAUCAUCUCGUCGUGUUGUGCGUUGCUCAGGACAGUGGCCUGAUUCCACUCCUGUGUUCAACAUUUAUGGUAGUGGCCAACUGGAGGUCAGAAGGCGUGUGCUUAGGCUCUUCCAACAAAUUGUUCGUAAGAUUAUUCUGCGUAUUCGUAUGGAUAAGAGACUACUUCUAUUGCGAGAAAAAGGUUCCAUUGCAAAGUUGCAAGUUGGAGAAGGAAAAGACAAUGGUGAGAGAAAUAAGAAUAUUGUGGAGAAAAAAAAAAUACAUCAGUUACCAGAAAAGCUGCUGCGUUUGACAUCACCCAUCUUUCCAUCUCCAAACCACCCGGAGGAACUUACAAGUAAGAUGAUUGGAAAAGUUCACGUGGGGCUGAUUGAAGAAGAUUUGACUUGGACCGUUCCAUAUUUUAAUCUAAAGGUUCCUCAGCAGUUUAAGUUGAUGGGCUAUCAGGAAGUAAACGUGUACGAUUCCAAAGCCUUUUGUACCCAAAACCAAAAGCUUAGGCUGUUGCGCACAGGAGCACAGAAUGAACUCCUGCCCAUGAUGAUGUUUCCUGAUUUAAAUACCUGCAAGGAGGAGCAGCCACAUGAAGAAAAGAGAGCAAAGCCAGACCUCAACCCUGCGCUCAGUUUCAAAACUCCUCAUAAUGUGUUACAUCCAAAAAAUGUCCACCCUCUUAGGAUCUUUAACCCUGCCCCAGGUGUGUGUGCCUUCAAACCAACUCCUUCAUAUCUGGAGAGUGACCCAGAGUUCCACCUUUGUCCACUUACAAGACACAUCAUCUGCAGUGAUCACGUUGUGGAAGACCAUAACAAUAGCACUCCAAAGAAGUUUUUAGACAGAGAGGACAUUAUAAAAGGGACCAUGCUUUGGAAGGAGUUUUCCUGCCUGGAAUUGAAUACUGUUUCCUUUGUUCCAGCACAAACAAGCAGUCAGAGCCCACGAAUGUGUGAUCCUUUCAGUGAUUUGCUGCUGCCCCUGGAAGCCCCAUCAUCAAUGAAAGACCUUCCUGAAAACAUGAGAGAAGAAAUUUCAUUUGAAAAGGCUGAAGGUUUAGAAGUCAGUCUUAAUCCUGACAUGGUUCAAGCUAAGUUUGAUGCCUUGGAAAUGUCACUAUCUAAAACACUGACAGAAGAUUCCAUUAAGGAUGACAGAGAAGCACAUGAAAAGCCAAUGGAAUCAAGUUUAAAAUCACAAGCCAACAAACUGGGGUCCAAAGUCUUAGCACGGAUGAAACUCAUGAAAUCUUUGAGCUGCCAUAGACUUUAAUCUGCCAUAGACAUACAGUAUCAUUGUGACCAAUUAUAGCUUAUUUCUGUGUAGUAUAAUUUGGGUUAACAAUAAAUCAAGUGAUCAAAUAAAAACACAUAAUCAAAUA